AAUGAUACAGUUGUGUCCAGACUCUCAAGAAAGCCAGACUAUUAUAAUUCGUGAUAGAAUUAAUUAUUACAUUGUAUUCAAUUAUUAAUAAUAUAAGUUUUAAAUGUAUUUUAUGGCAAUAUAGUAAUUAUUAUUAAUACUAGUGAAAGGGUUUACGGAAGUGAUCUUUUUAAUAGUGUGAGUGCUACUGAGGUCAGGUUCAUCAAGAUUGACGACAAAAUAAGUAAAGAUGCACAUUAAACCGUUGUUUGCCGUACCUGUGUGUCUAGUAGCAGUCUUCGUGUUUUGGAUAACCGGAUCUAGCGGCCUCUUCAUCCCCAAUCUAACAGAGAGGUGCUACAGAUGUCUGUGCCACGUGUCCACAAACUGUGACACGUCACACGGGUGCACUGGCGGCUACUGUGGACCCUUCAAUAUAUCCAGGGUGUACUGGGUAGACGCUGGCAAGAUCACGUUCACUGAGGAUGAUCCGGAGAGGAAUCAUGCGUGGUCAGACUGUGCGAGAAACUAUCACUGCUCUAAACGAAUCAUAGAAGGCUAUUUGGAAAAGUAUUUAUUUCCGUAAAAAAAUAAAAAAUACGACUGCAAUGGAGACGGAGUCACCAACUGUUUCGACUACAUGAUGGUGAAUGGUAACGGUGGCUAUGGAUGCACAGCUCCCCUGAACAGGUCGGAGAAUGGAAGAAAAUGGCUCAAAAGAUUCGAAGAAUGCCAGCUAUAAAAUAAACAAUCAACCAAUAAUCAUCAUCAUCACUUACCAUCAGGCCAGGGGCCUUAGUCUGCUAUUACAAUUGUGUCAGAAUGGUCGAUCACUGAGCAGUGCGAGAGGGACGGAGCUAUACAACCUACAUAGCUCCAUACACAAUUGUAAUAGCAGACUAAGGCCCCAGAUAAGCCAAAUGUCGACCCAUCAAAAGGAAAAAAAAAGAUACAUACAUAACCUCACGCCUGUCUCCCAUGGGGGUAGGCAGAGACAAUGGAACGCUAAUUGCCACGGUUCUUACACACUUCUUUCGCUUCAUCAACAGUCAUCAGUCUUUUCAUGCAUGCUUGUCGGUUAAAGAUUAUACAUUUAAGCUUUCUGUGAGAAUCCAAGUCUUGAUCUAUAUUUACGGCGAAUCACAUUAAAGUCCGUCCAGUCGUUUAUGAGUUCAAACUGUUUUGUUUGAUUUUUGUUUAACGAUCAGGAUUGUGAUUUGCGAUGAAUGUGUCAAAAUUUGUUUAACGUAAAUACUUAAUUAGUUUUAAUUUAUAUCUAAACGUUAACGCCAUAAUUAGAUUUAGUAUACAUAUAGGUAGGUGCCUAUGUCAGAGAAAUACAUUUUUUAUAAUCAAAAA